AUGAACGUGCUUGAAAAACUGGUUAGCGUUGGCGAUAGGUCUGGUAGAUGCGAUGGAAUAAAUGUUUGUGUAGCCGGUUUCGUUCCAACUUUGCAGUUUCGUAGUAUGACGUUUGCUAGCGAAUAUAAAGUGGAUUUUCGCGAAGGUGAAGAGCUUCUGGAAUUCUACGAGUUGAAUGAGGAUGAAGCUGCCGUUAUCGUCGAAAGCGUAGAUGAGUUUUUGAUUUUACAUGCUCACGUAAACCAUGAGCAAAAGUGGGUUGUGGUGCUGAAUCGUGUUCAUAUAAUUGAAAAACGACAUCAGGAAGAGGGAACGAACGAAUACAGGUACGAAAGAGGGCUGACGGUGCUAGCGUGUUCGCGAUUGGGUGUACGAGUAUUGGAACUUGAGUGCAGGAGCAAGCUGCAGUGCGUUUACAUAGCCAAGAAACCAAUCAUUAACGGCCUUUGUCCAUCGGUAGUCGUUCACAGGCAUUACGUGUCUAGUCCACGUUAUCUUCGACAGUUAAGUGUACAGAACGGUGUCCUUGACUUCUGGUCGUUUACCAUCUUCCUUUCGCUUAGGCGUUCGAUAACGCUGAGUGAUCUUUCAUCAUGCUUACGUAGCGACCAGUUUUCCGACGCAUACGUGAAGGCAGGAAGAAUCGUGGAGUUGAAAAGGUGGUAUCUAAUUGCCGACGUGGAGAAUCACGAGUAUGAGGUCACCAUGGAUGUAUGCGUAGAUGGCAGUGCUCUUUUGAUUCUCGAAGAUGAAGUCAACGGAAGCCCGAAGAUGAUCAAUAUCAGAUUUCGAGAAGUCCCCACUCUGUUUUCACUGGCUCGUUGUGCUGUUCUUAAACACUUUCCGUCCCUUCGAUGCGAUAUGUACCUAACUCAUCUCUUUUCAAAGCGACUAUUCAGAUAG